GGACUCUAGGGAUGAAUCUGAUCAUUUCCUGCUUGUGAGUAGUCUCUAGUCUGCUGGGAAGACAGACCUGGACCCAUAUGAGGACAACACAAUGUGCUCAGAACUGUAUCAGAAAAGUCAGAGAAUUCUUUCCUGAAGAGUUGACAUGGGCUGGAUACUGAAGGCUACCACUUGAGAGUUAGGAGUGAGCCCUUUGGGAGGCAAGAAGGCACUGUAAGCAGAAAGCACAGCUUAGGCAAAAGUUUGGGUGUGUGAAAAUACAUGGGCUGGGCAGGGCAAGAGAGGUGGAGGGAAAUAUGAUUUCACUCUAUGUUUGGUAUAGAGGACCAAGGGGAGGGGUGGGCAGGAGUCAGGGUGUGACAGGCCUUGAACAUCAGGCUAAAGAGUUCCUACUUCCUUCCUAGUAUGAUGGGGAACUGGGAAGGGUUUCUAAGCAGGGGAGUGACACUGUCAGAUUUGGGUUUGAAAGUGAUCCCUCUGGAUUAGUCAGAAUCAGGAGAUUGGCUCAGCCCUACUCCCUAGAUCAAGGCUGAAGGGUGAGCAAUUUUAGGGGAUGAAAGGAGAGAUUUUGCGUUUGGGGCACUGGGGCAGGGAUGGGAGCUAAGGCCCAGGAAAGAGUGCUCCUGAACUUGAAAGUGACCAACUCCACUAGAUGAGCUUUCGGCCUUGAUGUGACCUGACUCAGCUAAAUGAAGCUGGGGAGGGGAGAAAAGACCUGGGGGAGUUGUCGGCUCACUGCUCCUGAGGUAACCAUUAAUCCCUCUCCUGGGGAAAUCCAGGGGCUGGUCCCUAGAGGGACAGAUCCUAGGCAGAAUGGAGGAACACAUGGAGGCAGGCUCCGCACCAGGACUGGGAAACCAGAGGGUCCUAAUUAACAACCUUGCUGACAUCCUGGUCAUUGCUGCUUAUUUCCUGCUGGUCAUUGGUGUCGGCUUGUGGUCCAUGUGCAGAACCAACAGAGGCACCGUUGGCGGCUACUUCCUCGCGGGACGAAGCAUGGUGUGGUGGCCGGUCGGGGCCUCUCUCUUUGCCAGCAACAUCGGCAGUGGCCACUUUGUGGGCCUCGCAGGGACCGGUGCUGCAAGCGGCUUGGCUGUGGCUGGAUUUGAGUGGAAUGCGCUGUUCGUGGUGCUAUUGCUCGGCUGGCUCUUCGCGCCCGUGUACCUGACUGCGGGUGUUAUUACCAUGCCACAGUACCUGCGCAAGCGCUUCGGAGGCCAUCGUAUUCGCCUCUACCUGUCAGUGCUCUCGCUUUUUCUGUACAUCUUCACCAAGAUUUCGGUGGACAUGUUCUCCGGGGCAGUAUUCAUUCAACAGGCUCUGGGCUGGAACAUCUAUGCCUCCGUCAUUGCCCUUCUGGGCAUCACCAUGAUCUACACUGUGACAGGAGGGCUGGCAGCGCUGAUGUACACGGAUACUCUGCAGACUUUCGUCAUUCUUGGCGGGGCCUUCGUCCUCAUGGGUUACGGUACGGAGCUCAACCAGUGGGGGAGGGGCACGGAGGUUGCAAGUUGCAGAGUUCUCCACCUGGGAGCAGAGGCAGCGCAUGUGGGUCCUAGGGAGGGCCUUGGCGUGGGCCCCAGGUCCCCUGACAGCCUUGCCCUCACAGCCUUCCACGAGGUGGGCGGGUAUUCGGGGCUUUUCGACAAAUACUUGGGGGCAAUGACGUCGCUGACGGUUUCUGAGGAUCCGGCUGUGGGCAACAUCUCGAGUUCCUGCUAUCGACCCCGGCCCGACUCCUACCACCUGCUCCGGGACGCUGUGACAGGGGACUUGCCGUGGCCUGCACUGCUCCUGGGUCUUACCAUCGUCUCAGGCUGGUACUGGUGCAGUGACCAGGUCAUUGUGCAGCGCUGUCUGGCCGGGAAGAACCUGACUCACAUCAAGGCGGGCUGCAUACUGUGCGGCUACUUGAAGCUGAUGCCCAUGUUCCUCAUGGUCAUGCCAGGCAUGAUCAGCCGCAUUCUUUAUCCGGAUGAGGUGGCGUGCGUGGUGCCCGAGGUGUGUAAGCGUGUGUGCGGUACUGAGGUGGGCUGCUCCAACAUUGCCUACCCGCGGCUGGUCGUGAAACUCAUGCCCAAUGGUUUGCGUGGACUCAUGCUGGCGGUCAUGCUGGCUGCGCUCAUGUCCUCACUGGCCUCCAUCUUUAACAGCAGCAGCACGCUUUUCACCAUGGAUAUCUACAUGCGCCUGCGGCCCCACGCAGGGGACCGUGAGCUGCUGCUAGUAGGACGGCUCUGGGUGGUGUUUAUUGUGGCUGUGUCAGUGGCCUGGCUACCCGUGGUGCAGGCAGCGCAGGGAGGGCAGCUCUUUGAUUACAUCCAGGCAGUGUCCAGCUACCUGGCGCCACCUGUGUCUGCUGUCUUUGUGCUGGCGCUCUUUGUGCCCCGUGUCAAUGAGAAGCUCCACCGCCUGGUUUUCAGUCUACGGCACAGCAAGGAGCAGCGGGAGGACCUGGAUGCCGAUGAGCUAGAAGGUUCAACUUCACCCCCUGUACAGAAUGGAUGUCCUGAACAUGCAGUGGAGAUGGAGGAGCCCCAGUCCCCAACACCGGGCAUGUUCCGCCGGUGCCUGCUCUGGUUCUGUGGAAUGAGCAGGAGUGGGGCAGGUAGUCCCCCAGCCCCUACCCAGGAGGAAGUGGCUGCAGCAGCCAGGCGGCUGGAGGACAUCAGUGAGGACUCGAGUUGGGCCCGUGUGGUCAACUUCAAUGCCCUGCUAAUGAUGGCCGUGGCCACGUUCCUCUGGGGCUUUUAUGCCUGAGGCCAACCGUGUUGGACACCAUGAGCCACUGCCAGGGCAGGGCUCAGCUUCACAAUGAAUGGGAGUGGGAAGCCUGCAGUGGUGAGAAGGGAGUAGGGCAGGGAGAGGGAGGGGGAAGGCCCUGGUUCCCUUUCUCUCCACUGCCAGGGGCCCAGUCUACCUGACUGGCAGUCAUAGCCCAUGAGGCCUUGGCCAAACUGCCACAGCAGUUCCCCUAAGCAAAAAUAAAGCUGCUGUUCCCACA